AUGAAGACACUGGCCGUAUUUGCCCUGUUCGCCAUCGUGGCCGUUGCUGCCAACCAGAACGCCAAAACCCUGCGGUACGAGAACGUACAGGAUGGUGAUUCUAGCUACAAGUUUGCGUUCGAGUCGGACGAUGGCAUUUCCCGCCAGGAGCAGGGCGAGCUGAAGACGGAAGAGGAGGGCAUGAACGUGCAGGGUAACUUCAAGUUCGUCGCUGACGAUGGGCAGGAGUAUGUGGUGCAGUAUGUGGCCGACAGCCAGGGCUUCCAUCCGGAGGGCGAUCACAUCCCGAAGGAGUACGUCGAGAAUGUGCCCAGCCUGUAG